AUGUUUUCCCUCGAGAAGAAGACUGCUGACGGCGCCUACCCAAGAAACGCUGGUUCCACCAUCUUGCCAACCGACCGCGUCAAGCUAGUCUACAAUAAGUUCUCUCCAACCACUCCAGUGGCUAAGGAUGUCACCAAGGUGAACCUUAUAUUUGCCCAUGGCUCUGGGAUGAAUAAAGGUACUUGGACGUACCACAUUCAGAAGCUCUACGAGGCGAGCCAGAGCAAUCCUCGCUGGAAGGUGGAUAAGGUGAUUGCAGUUGACUCGUUUAGCCAUGGAGACUCUGCUGAGCUUAAUAGGGAGAAGAUUGGCUGGACUGCCGACUGGAACGAUGGCGGGAAGGAUUUGGUUGAGGUUGUAAAGCACGAGAUUCGUACUACUGGCGACUUUGAGCAGAAUGGGUGGUCCAGGAAUGUGCUUAUUGGACACUCCAUGGGAGGCUUUGCUGUGCUUUGGGCUGGGUACAUGGAACCCCAGCUUUUUGAUUCAAUUAUCUCUAUUGAGCCUGUGAUCCAGUAUGACCAGCUUAUGAACGACUGGUUCUUCAACCGUAUGAAGAAGGUGGGUAAGUUUAUUGAGAACAGCUACCCUAACAUAGAAGCUGCCCAUGAGCACUUGAAGAAGAAGUCUUUCUACAAUGUCAUGGAUAAGAACGUGCUUGACCUUUUCGUUGACGACGAAUUGGUGCAUGAAAAGGACGGUACCGUUAGAGUCAAGGCAGACAAGAGACACCAGAUUGCUACCUACUGUGGUGUGGCUUACUCUGCUGAAAAGGGAAUGGCUAUUUUGGACCAGCUUGAGAUUCCCUUUUUCCAUAUCACUGGCGCUGACGCUUUGUGGACCCCUCGUGAAUCUGUAGACUGGAUUAGAGAACAGGUUCCUGAGCAUCUCAUUGAAGCUGCUGAUAUGCCUAAGGGAGGCCAUUUGACUCAUGGCGAGCAGCCUCUUGAGCUGGUGAAGUUAUGGAGCGACUUUAUUGAUAAGCGGGUGAAGUUUAUUGAAGAGGCUAGAAAGAACUUCCCUGAGGUCAAGUAUGGCACUGACAGAAAGAAGAUUUUUGAAGAAUGGUGGAAAUACAUGGACGCUGCCGACGUGGAAGGCUUAUACCACUUCAAGACUGUUCGUCCCAAGCUUUAA